CUUUUAUGCAAAUAUCGAUAACACAUUGUAAAUAGCAACAAAAUCAGCUGUAAGAAAUGUCAAAAUAGAGCUAAAAUUAAAUAUUACCCCAAAUCAGUAACAAACACAUUAACAUGUUCCUUCCCUGCGUCUAAAUAAGUAUUCCUUUAAAAUGAAAACGUAACCGCAUUAAACUUAUCUAAAAUAUUGGAAAAUUAUUUAUUUAAAUUACAACGGAAAUGGCGAAGACGGUGAACUUGGCAACAAUCAACUGGCUCUUCGUUUGCGGCUUAGCUUUUUGUCUAGGUGGUGUGGUUGUUUUAAAUCUAAUGCCAUUAAGUGCUGAUUGCAUAUGUCCACUGAAAAAAAGUGGUUUUCAAAACAGCGAAGCGUUACAAAGCGUGACACAACCGCCUUUUGACAUGCCUGAACAUAAAUUGGCCAUACUAGUACCAUUUCGCGACCGUUUUGAAGAAUUGCUACAAUUUGUGCCUAAUAUAACACGAUUUUUACAAAAACAACGUGUUGUUCAUCAUAUAUUUGUGUUGAAUCAAGUGGACCGUUAUCGUUUUAACCGUGCUUCUCUGAUAAAUGUAGGCUUCCGUUUUACACGUGACGUUUAUGAUUAUAUAGCUAUGCAUGAUGUUGAUUUAUUGCCAUUAAAUGAAGACCUACAUUACGAAUAUCCCAGUGAUUUGGGACCCUUACAUAUUGCAGCACCGGAAUUGCAUCCUAAAUAUCAUUAUGAAACAUUCGUUGGUGGUAUAUUAUUGGUGCGACGAGAGCACUUCGAAGAAAUGAAUGGCAUGUCUAAUAAAUACUGGGGUUGGGGUCUUGAAGAUGAUGAAUUUUAUGUACGUAUAAGAGAUGCCGGACUUCAAGUGACAAGACCACAUAAUAUUAAGACUGGAAUCAAUAACACAUUCAAUCAUAUACACAAUCGUUACCAUCGUAAGCGUGAUACACAGAAGUGCUUUAAUCAAAAGGAAGUUACUAGAAAACGAGACCGUGAAACGGGUCUAAGUACAUUAGAGUAUAAAAUCUCGAAAAUUCAUCAAUUAAGUAUAGAUGGAAUAACAAUAACUGUGCUAAAUAUUUUAUUAGAAUGCAAUUUAAAUAAUACUCCUUGGUGUGAUUGUUCAGGUAUCGCCGCUGCUGCUGCAGCAGAAGAGCCAAUUAAGUAGAAAUAAAUUUUAUAAAUAAAAA